UCUAAUGUUGGUUGAAGUGUCGCGGUGUCGCCCAUACCCAUAGUCAUAGAAGCAACUUUGCAAGUUUUAUUUUAAACCACGAUUGAAAUAUUAAAACAUGGCAAAUCCCGAUACCAGUGAUGUUAAAUCUUCAUCUAAAGAUGAUAUUAUCGAAAAUGCUCCUAAAUUAAUUAAACUUGUGAUAGCCAAUGAUGUUAAUGGAGCAGAAAAUUUACUUAUUCGUGGUGAAGCGACUGUCCAUGAUACUGACAGCACAGGAAUGACAGGUUUAAUGCAUGCUGCUUACAAAGGCUUCACAGACAUGUGCAAGAUGCUAAUAAAACAGGGCAGUGAUGUCAAUGCUGACAGCCACUCACACUCGUACUAUCCGUUGCACUUUGCUGCGCUCUCCAGUAGCCUGGAUACUGUUCAACUUCUGCUGGAACAUGGAGCUAAAACUUACAAAACCAACUCCCUGGGCCGAACAGCUGCUCAAAUGGCAGGUUUUGUGGGCCAGUCAAGUUGUGUCGCCCUCAUCAACAACCAUGUGGACCGCAGUGAACUGCGGCGCUACACUCAUCCUGAGUCAGAGCUCCAGACCACCAGGCUUGACCCAGAGGCUGAACAACCUCUUUAUGAUCUCAUGGUGCAGCUUAACUUGCAUCCUGUGUACCUCACACUCCGCGUGUGCAAGUCACCCGUGCUGCUGAAGCACCUUAAGGCUGCUGCAGCCGUACUCGACCACCUCAGUGUUACUGAAACUAAACGCUCCAAUAAUGUUAAUGAGGUUUUAAGCUUGAAGUUCCACUACCUGGGUUAUCUUCUCAAGCAUCUGGCGAGCAAAGUUGAAGAAGCUAACAAAGAUCAGAGCUCCACUGAUUUUCCGCAAGCAGCAGAGGUGCCGCCGUGUCUGGAGGGGGCAAUGAAGCAGUGGCUGCGAUGUCGUGCGAGGGACGGCGCUGAGGUCGUGCUGGAGCUCUGGGUCCGUGAUGCUGUCAAAGCCUUCCACUGCCUCGAGAUGCCUUUGUUCCUCCAGGUUGCCCGCAACAUGGCAGGCCAGGAGGUGCAGGNGGCGGGCCAGGAGGUGCAGGCGCUGGCUGUGCUCAGUGGGGCCAUCAACGGGCAGCGCGUCUUCGCUGAGGACCGCGCGUCCUGCGCCUCCUGUGGGGACACGAAGGACACCAAACACUGUGCCAAGUGUAGGACUGUGCAGUACUGCGACAAGUACUGCCAGAAGCUGCACUGGUCAACCCACAAGAAAUCCUGCGACAAAAUAAGCAAAAACCUUGCAAUUUCUUCUGAAAAACUCGACAAAGAAAACCGCGCCACUCAAGACGCCGCGAAAUGAGGAGUGCUAGCCUUGCUUUAACACGUUGACUACGAAGUGGUACAUAUGCGUACCACGAAAUGUAU